AUGGAGAUCUCCAAGAAGGCGUUGUUCCUUGUGUCUACUGUCAUAGCCCUGUUGUUGAGCCGUUAUGCGGAAGCAUAUACUAUUCGACAUUCCGCAGUUUGGACUACCAUAGCCAUCUAUACCGUCCUGCUAUCAGCAUCUUCAACAUGGAGCAUCGUUCUGUAUCCAACAUUCUUCAGUCCGCUGCGGGACAUUCCUAAGCCUUCAGGAGGCUCGAUCUUCAUGGGCCACUUUUUCAAAAUAAUGAGGGAACCAGCAGGUGAACCUCAAAGACAAUGGGUGCAAGAAGUGCCAAACGACGGCAUUAUACGAUAUCAGUUUGCUUUCAACGACGAGCGGGUCUUGCUUACGUCGCCUAAAGCGCUUGCAGAAGUGCUAGUCACCAAGAAUUAUGAGUUCAUUAAGCCAAAGCGGCUCAGAGAAGGCAUCGGACAGAUUCUAGGCAUUGGUAUACUGCUGGCUGAGGGCGAUGAGCACAAACGGCAACGAAAGAACCUCAUGCCAGCAUUCUCAUUCCGCCACGUUAAAGACCUCUAUCCAGUCUUUUGGUCCAAAUCUCGCGAAGUCACUGAAGCGAUGACAAAAGCCAUCCAAGAGCCCUCCACGGACGAGAAGCCCAAUUCCGUCCUCGAGAUCAGCACUUGGGCUUCUCGAGUCACGCUCGACAUUAUCGGGGUUGCCGGCAUGGGCCAAGACUUCAACGCUGUGCAAGACCCCAACAACGAGCUGUAUCAAACCUACCGCAACAUCUUCUCGCAAUCUGGCAGCGCACGCGUCCUGGGGAUGCUGGGCUUCAUACUCCCUCUGUGGUUCCUGCGCGCACUCCCGGUCAAGCGCAACCAAGAGGUGAUGGAAGCCUCCAAGGUGAUUAAGCGGACAGCUUACGAUAUGAUCCAAGCGAAGAAGCAGAAGCUCGAGAAGGCCGAGCGCACCGACGUUGACAUCCUCUCCGUAGCGCUUGAAUCCGGCGGCUUCACCGACGAGGAUCUCGUCAAUCAACUCAUGACGUUCCUCGCCGCGGGCCACGAGACCACCGCCUCCUCCCUGACCUGGGCUGUCUACCUGCUCUGCCGGCAUCCAGACGUGCAGCGCCGGUUACGGGAGGAAAUCAGAAGCGGCUUACCCUCGAUCAGCGACCCAGCAGCACAGGUCUCUUCCACAGACAUCGAUCGCCUGCCGUAUCUCAACGCCGUCUGCAACGAGGUCCUCCGCGUCUUCUCGCCCGUUGGACUCACCCUACGAGCAGCGGCGAACGACAGCACGAUCCUCGGCCACUUCAUCCCCAAGGAUACCACCAUCAUCAUCUCGCCGUGGGCCGUCAAUGUCAGCAAAGAGCUCUGGGGCGACGAUGCGCUAGAGUUCAACCCGGAGCGCUGGCUUGGGCCCGGCAGAGCUAAUACGGGAGGGGCGGAUAGUAACUAUUCGUUCUUGACGUUCUUGCAUGGGCCGAGGAGUUGCAUUGGGCAGGGGUUUGCGAAGGCAGAGUUUGCGUGCUUGGUCGCGGCUUGGGCGGGGAGGUUUGAGAUGCAGUUGGAGAAGGAGGACUAUGUGCUGGAGAUCGGGGGUGGGAUUACGAGUAAGCCGAAGGGAGGGUUGAAUGUUAGGCUGACAGCCAUUGAGGGCUGGUAA